ACACUGUGUUAAACCAUUCAAUUUUACAGUGUUAUUUAAGUUUAAUCUUGAAUUAAUUAUGAUCUGAUUAGUGUUGAAUGUAUUUUUUCGUUUUUUUUUUCAAAUGAUAUUAAAAACCAAUUGAUUAAUUUUAUAAAUAUAUUGUUUUAUUGUUCUAAAAUGUCUGAAGGCAACGAGUUUUCUAUUUUUAAAAAAAAGAUUAAUGAUCAAACUCAAUUAUGUCCUGAUGAUAGUACGUCUAAUCCCGAAAUAAAAUACGCGGAUAACUGCAUUGAUGAAACAUUCAAUAAAUUCGUAGAGAAAAUUUUUCAUUUCACAUUAAAACCAAAUUUUGACAAAGAGUAUAACGCAUCUAUUGUUUAUUUACCUGAUAUAACUGAAAUAUUGAAAUAUUAUGAUGGAAACCAGACUGAUAUUGAAAUGUUAGAACAAGCUAUUUUUGAAAGAAUACUUUUACCUAAACCAGAUUCAUAUUUAAUGAAAUAUAAACAGAGUGUAUCAAUUAAUGAACAUACUAUUCAGAAAAAAUGCAUUAUUUAUUUAUUUGAAUGUUUUUUGGAAUUAAAUUUAAUGCAACAACAAAAUUGUUAUCCAUCAAUUAAUGAUAAUGUAUAUGAAAUCAUAAGAGGAUUUUUGUAUACAAAUGUAUCCACGGCUCUAAAACAACCAGAUCUAUACGACUCUCAAAAUAUUAGUUUACAGAUUUUGGAUAUUUUUAAAAAUAAUAAAGCUACUAUGGAAGAUUUUAUGAAGUUUUUGACUUCUAUAAAUAAACUAAUUAUAAUGGAUGAAGAUGAUCAAGAAACUCAGUUAAAAAUUAUUUAUCAACCAGUUUUAGAUAUAAUAAAAGAAAAAAUUAAAGAAGCUACAAUUAUAUUUUUACCAAAUUGUGAAUUAGCUUUUAUACAAGUUAUUUCGUCAGAUGUCCUACUAGCUAAAGUGUUGAUUGAUUAUUGUCAUGUGCCUAUUGAAGCUACUGGUUAUUAUUAUACAGAUACUCUCCUAGGAGCUCUUUUUGCUAUAUCUGGGUUACCAAGAUCACCAGGAGGCCAAUUUGAAUUUUUUCUGAAGCCAAUGGAAGAAUUGUCUGGACCACUAGAAAACAAUAUUUGGAAUGGUAUGGAUACAUUGCAUCAACAAUUACAUCUUAUUUUUUUACAUCUUUUGAAAUCUGGACCUGAAGUUAAACAUAAAACACUACUGUGGUUGGGGAGUUGCUUGGAAAAAAAUUCUGGGCGUUGCAAAUUGUGGAAUAUUGAAACAUCAAUGCUAGAAUUUAUUUCUGAUGGUUUUGCUAUAAAUUUGAGUGCUGUUCUUUUAAAAUUAUGUCAACCAUUCAUAUCCAAUACCAAUAAUAUGAAAUUAUUAAAAAUUGAUCCUACUUACUGUGCAGCUAAAGUACAAAAUAUUGAAGAAUCUAAAUUACGAGGAGUUCAUUUAAGAAAACUCGAUGAAAGUACUAUGUUGUUACCUACUAAUUCAGAAAACCCAGAUGACAAAAGACCUGUUUCUAAAGGUCAAUAUAAUUUUAUAACUGAAUGUUUUUUCAUGACACAAAAAUCUUUAGAAAUAGGAUUUGCUCAAAUACAAGAAAAAAUGACAAAUAUCAAUCAAGAUCUUGCAAGAAUGCAACAAACAUUUAUGGACACCCAACAGUCUGGGUCUGCUACCUCAGAAGUUAUGAAACUCAUAAAUGAUCGAAUGGAAGCUGAAAUGACAAAGUAUUUAUCUAUGAAAGCUGCUCUUUUAGAACCAUCAACUUUACAUCUACUUAGUCAAUUUCAAAAAGCAACUUGUGUUUGGCUUGUUCAAGUUGUGUGUGAUAUUGACAAAGAUUUCAAUUUAGAUACUUUGCAGUCUUAUUGUCCAGAUAAAUUUAAUAUUCUCAAGUUUCCUAUGGCCAGUGUUACUUCUCCAACUUUAAAAUGUAUACCUGAGUUUGUACUUGAUAAUAUAUGGAGGUAUUUAAUGUUAGUCCGACGUUUUCAUUCACGUUCAUUAGAAGAACCUGGUUUUGAAUUAGUGAGUGAACUUUUAAAUGCUAUUUUAGUAUUUAUGAUGUCCAAUGAUCGUGUAAGAAAUCCACAUUUAAGAGCUCGUUUAGCCGAAUGUUUAGACUGUUUGUUACCUCAUCCUGAUGAAGAUAUUACAACUACAAAUUCAAUUGGAUCAUAUUAUAGACAAAUGCUGUUUUUAAAUCAUCCUCACCGUAAACAAAUUGUGCAUGCAUUAUUGGAUGUAUUUGUUGGUAUUGAAAUGACUGGACAAAGUGUUGAAUUUGAACAGAAAUUUAAUUAUCGUAGACCAAUGUACAUUGUAAUGGAUUAUUUGUGGAAAUUAGAUGAACAUAGAGAAGUUUUUAAAGAACUAGCAACUAGUGCAGAAAGCAAUAUGGAAGCUACAACACCACCAUUAUUCUUGAGAUUUAUUAAUUUGUUAAUGAAUGAUGCAGUUUUUUUGUUAGAUGAAGCAUUGACAAAUAUGGCUCAGUUGAAACAAUUGCAAACUGCUCUUGAUGCUGGAGAAUGGAAUAACUUAUCUCAAAGAGAAAGAAACCAAAACAUGGCACAUUUUCAACAUAUUGGCAUGAUAGCCAGGUUUGACAAUAUACUUGGAAGAGAGACUAUUAAUACUUUUAAAUACCUGACAUCAGAAAUAAAAUCUAUAUUUUGUCACUCAACAAUGGUUGAAAGAAUAGCAGCAAUGUUAAAUUAUUUUUUGUGUCAUUUAGUGGGUCCGAAAAAGAAAAAUUUUAAAGUAAAAGAUAUGAAAGAAUAUAAAUUUGAACCUGCUGAAAUAGUUUUGAAUAUUUGUACAAUAUAUUUACAUUUGGGAGAAAGUGACUAUGGAGAGGCAUUUUGUUUGGCUAUUUCAAAAGAUGGUCGUUCUUAUAAUUCAAACUUAUUUAAACAAGCUGAAGAUGUAUUAGUUAGGAUUGGUGGAUCAUCCCUUAUUCCUGGUAUGGCAAAUAUUGCAUCAAAAGUAUCUAAACAUGCUAUUCAACAGAGCAAUGAUGACGAGUUAUUACUCUCUGAAAUACCUGAAAACUUUUUAGAUCCUAUAAUGUCUACUAUUAUGACCGACCCUGUUACUUUACCAUCAAGCAAAGUAAAUGUAGAUAGGUCCACAAUACUAAGACAUUUUUUGAAUGAACAGACUGACCCGUUUACUCGAUCUCCUUUAACAAUGGAUAUGGUCAAAUCAAAUGUUGAAUUAAAAAAACAAAUUGAUGAAUGGAUUAAAGGGAAAAAAUCUACUUCUAAAUAAACAGUCGUUUCAUCUUUUUAAUUUAAAUAUAAAGAAUUUACAUUUCCUAUAAGAAAAUUCAUUAAUUGUUUUUUUUUUUUUUUUUUUUUGUUAUGGCUCAAAUGGUUUAUAAUUAAAUGUGUUUUAUGUAUUAAUUUUUUUAAAAACAA